CCGCCUCCAGCCACAACCCUCCACCCGCUGUGCCCUUAGGGGGGCACCCCCACUGGGGCGUGAGGGUGGUCCGCCGUGCCCCGGUCGCCGAGUGACGGAGAGGUGACGGUAGCCGCCUUCCCAUUUCCGCCCGGCCCGCAGCGCGGCAGGGUGAGUGCCAGUGGAGGCGCUCGGUCCUGCCUCCGCCCUCCCGCGCCGGGGGCUGGCCUUGCCUCGCCGGCGCCUUUUUCCCCCGCACCGCGGCGCCGCUUCGCCACUCGGGCACCGCAGGUAGGGCAGGAGGCUGGGGUGCCUGCUGCCCGCCGCCCGUAAAAUGGUCACCUCGGCUGGACAGCUCGCCGUGUUCACUCUGGGUCUUUUGUUGGCUGUGUGCCAGGCCCUGGAGAACACCACGUCUGCCCUGAGUGCCGACCCGCCUGUGGCCGCCGCUGUGGUAUUCCAUUUUAAUGAAUGCCCAGAUUCCCACAGUCACUUCUGCUUCCAUGGAACCUGCAGGUUUUUGGUGCAGGAGGACAAGCCAGCGUGUGUCUGCCAUUCUGGGUACGUCGGUGCACGCUGUGAGCAUGCAGACCUCCUGGCAGUGGUGGCCGCCAGCCAGAAGAAACAGGCCAUCACCGCCUUGGUGGUAGUCUCCAUCGUGGCCCUGGCUGUCCUCAUCAUUGCGUGUGUGCUGAUACACUGCUGCCAGAUCCGAAAACACUGUGAGUGGUGCCAGGACCUCAUCUGCCGGCAUGAGAAGCCCAGUGCCCUUCUGAAGGGAAGGACUUCUUGCUGCCACUCAGAAACAGUGGUCUGAAGAGCCCGGAGGAGGAGUCCGGCCAGGUAGAGUGCAGCAGCCUGAUAAAGAAAGGACUUCUUCAGAUGGCAUGACGAGGGAUGCCUGGGACGUGCUGCCAGACCUUCCUGCUCUGUCUGCAAACACCUGUGCAGCCUUUCUGUCUUUCGUGGGCCUUCCUUCAAAACUGUCAAGAACUCUGUCUGCUUGGGGUUGUUCGGUGUGACCUAGAGAAGAAAUCAGUGGACCACUAUUUAAAGACUUGGUCAAAAAAGAAAUGCAAAGGGGUGGACUUCCUGUUUACCUGGCUAAGGUGUGUGCCCCAUCAGCACUGGGGCCCAGGUGUGUGUAGCUGUCUUCUGCCAGUCACCAAUGCUGGGUUGUGUUACUUUCUAGGGGGCCCAUCUCUCCACAACAGAAUCCAUCCUGCCCAACACUAGAGAUUCCUACAGUUGUUACAGUUUUUUCUCAUCAGCUUGUUGGGCAAGAAGGUGGAGAAUGAAUAACUGCUUAUUGUGACAGGAAGAUGCUAAGGAUAACAGGAGCCAUGUCUGCCCUCUGUCCGCCAGACCCUCAACCAGCCUGGUGUUUUCCACAGAUGCAUGAUGCUGAGGAUCUUCCCAAGCCCUCGCCACCCUCGGAGAUAAUUUCUUAUUUAUUAGAGUGAUGAUGGUUUUAUUUUUCAUCUCUUUAGUCAAUGUAAAAAGCAUAAAACCCUUAGACUGCUACA